UACAAAAUUACAACCCACCGAUAAAAAUUGGUAGGUGGGGGCGUUUAAUCAACACUCUCUUCCCUCUCUCUCUCUCACACACACACACACACAAACACACAGUCUGUACACACAGAACAGAAGAAGCAGCGGCGAAAAUGAAGACGGUGUGCGUAACAGGAGCAUCAGGCUAUAUAGCUUCGUGGAUUGUCAAAUUCUUGCUCCGGCGCGGUUACACCGUCAAAGCUUCUGUUCGUGAUACCAGCGAUCCAAACAAGACGCAACACUUGCUCGCACUCGAUGGAGCGAAAGAGAGACUUCACUUGAUUAAAGCGAAUCUUCUGGAAGAAGGAUCCUUUGAUGCUGUAGUUGAUGGCUGCGAUGGUGUUUUUCAUACCGCUUCCCCUUUUUUCCUUUCAACCACUGAUCCGGAGGCAGAAUUGAUCAAUCCUGCGUUAAAGGGGACACUUAAUGUGCUUCGAUCUUGCGCGAAAACACCAACCGUUAAAAGGGUAGUUUUGACAUCUUCGAUAGUUGCGGUUUUUGCCAACGGCAAACCGAGAACACCUGAAGUUGUAGUCGAUGAGACUUGGUGGUCCGAUCCUCUGUUUUGCAGACAAAUGCAGCAAUGGUAUAUGCUUUCAAAGACAUUGGCUGAGGAAGCUGCGUGGAAGUUUGUGAAAGAGAAAGGUAUCGACAUGGUUGCUAUAAAUCCAGCCAUGGUAAUUGGUCCGUUGUUGCAGCCGACUCUCAACACAAGUUCCGCUGCAAUUUUGAACUUGAUAAAUGGUGCGGAGGCAUACCCGAAUGUUACAUCUGGAUGGGUAAAUGUAAAAGAUGUUGCAAAUGCACAUAUUCUUGCAUUUGAGAAUCCUUCGGCUAAUGGAAGGUAUUGUAUGGUGGAGAGUGUUGCGCAUUUUUCAGAAAUCGCAAAUAUAUUACGUGGACUAUACCCUACUUUCCGACUUCCCGAAAAGUGUGCCGAUGACAAGCCAUUUGUGCCCACUUACCAAGUCUCGAAAGAAAGAGCCAAAAGCCUAGGUGUUGAAUUCACUCCUCUCGAAGAAAGCAUCAAGGAAACUGUUGAAAGCUUGGAGGAGAAGAACUUCGUUAAACCGACACCAGCUAUUUAAAUAAAUGAAAAAAGCCCUUGUUCGGGUGAGAGUUGAAACAGUGUCAGUUGAUAUUAAACACAAUUGACAUAUCCUGUAUUUUUGUACUGCCUUUUCAGUAAGUAUCAUAAUAAAUUUGCACUCUAUUUCA